AUGUCGACAGUCACGGUGGAACAUCCUUCUAUAGGAGCAGUCAAGGGCCUCGACGGCGACGGCGUAUAUCAAUUCUUCGGAGUUCAAUAUGCCACUCUCCAGGACAGGCUUGCGGAAGCCCAAGUGAAAUCGAGAUAUGAGAGCCCAGUCGAUGCCACAAGUCAUGGACCCUCGUCGUUCUCUCCCCCGAAUGGCUACGACAACGAGAUGCUCUUCAUCCAGCAGUCAAUGCCCAAGCCGUCGACUGUCCACUCGGACCUCAACUGCUUGAAUCUCAACAUCACAGUGCCGAAAGGGCAGGACGGGGUCGACCUGGCAAAGCAAAAGCUGCCGGUGUUCGUCUGGAUACACGGCGGAGGCUUCGUUGUCGGGGCAAACUCCUGGCCGCACUAUGACCACGCCAGAAUCGUCAAGCUGGCCCGUGAUAAUGGGGUUCCUGUGAUUGGCGUGGGCAUCAACUAUCGUCUAGGUUUCCCGGGCAUGUUGACUUCGGAGGAGUUGCGCCAGAGGGGAUACAAACCCAACGGUGGACUCCGGGAUCAGCAAGCAGCGUUGCGCUGGGUCAAGCAGCACAUUGCCGGGUUCGGCGGCGAUCCAGACAAGGUGACCGUGAUUGGCGAGAGCGCGGGAGCAGUGGCCACCACGCUACACCUGUACUCCAAAGAGCCACUCUUCCACCGCGCCAUCGCUACCGGCGGCUCGUGCCUGCUCGUCCCGGUCUUCACCCCCGCGGACCAAGAACGCACAUACCAACAAGUUUUGUCCAUCUUGGGCUUGGAGAACCUCGACGUCGACCAACGGAUCCAGAAGCUUCUGAACCUGCCGAUGGACGAGGUCAUUGCGAAACUGCCGCCCUCGGUCGCAUUCUUGCCUACCGUGGACGGAGAUGUCGUCCCUGUCCAGCCGACGUUUGCGGGCGUGGCCGAUCAAUCCGACCAGAGCAUGCCCGGCAAGCAGUGGGUCGAUGCUUUGAUGAUUGGGAACAGCGAAUUUGACGCCUCCGUCCUUGGAUUCAUGCUCGGACACCUGAAACCGGGCAUCGGGGAAAAGUUCCCGGCGUCAAUACGGUCCUCUCUCGCGACGACGCCGGACAUUGCAGAAACCCUUCUCGAGGCGUACGGCUUUGGCGAUUCGGGACUGGACGACGAAACGGCGUUUAUCAAGUUCCUCGAAUUCGUCAACGACGUCAGCUUCUUGGGUGCGACCACCAGCUUCGCCCGCGGCUGGCCAGCCUCCUCAUCCUCAUCCCACUCGAAAAUCUUGACGUUCUUCUUCAACGAGCCCAACCCCUGGGCCGGCGCCUACCAGGGUCGCGCCACCCACGUCCUCGACGUCGUCUUCCUGUUCCAGAACCACAAUCACAACCUGCCACCCGCGCAGAGGGCGGCGGCCGAAGCGUUCGGGCUAGAUCUCAUGCGGUUUGUGGCCGGACAGCAGCCUUGGCCGGGGUAUACGCGCGAGAAGAGGACCGCAAAGGUAUUCGGCCCGUCGAAGGGGGAAAAGGCGACUGCUAGGGUGGUUGAGGAUGCAGAAGCACUGGAGACGGGGAGAGGCAAGUCGAUCCUCCAGAUUGCGGAGAAGGUCGGGUUUGAUCGCCUGAACGAGACGGUCGGACGGUUCAGGACAGGUCUCUGA